AUGCCCGACCCUCCCUCACAGCCUCUCCUUCCUCCAUUCUCUCCUGCUCCGCCCAUCGUCGACCCUCACCUCCCUGUCCGGCCUCGACCGGCGCCCGCCUCCGCAACCACUGCCGUGCCGGCGCUUCGCCGUCUCGGUCGCGUCCGCCACGGCUCCCCGCGGCCCCGACGAGCACGCCCGCGCCCGAGGGCUGCCGCCUCCUGCCCCGCAGCUUCUCCGUCGUCCCCGUGCCACGGCCUCCUCCUCACCGGACCCCGCCACCGCCCGUCACCUCAUCCUCCUCGUCUCCUCCUCGCCGACGACGCAUCCUCGUCCUCCUCCCCAAAGGCUCAACCGAGCCUCGCCGCCCCCUGCUCACCAACGCCGGCGAGGACCCCGGUCCUGCUCCUCCUCCCAGUGCCCUCACGCCGGUGCUCGCCCGCGCCACCGCACUAUCCGCUUGCUGCCGGGAGCCACCGAACCGCACGUCGCGCUCGCCGACGCUUCCCGCACUCGCCGCCCUCGCUCCACGGCCUCGCCCCCUUGCUCCCGCUCCGCCGCAGCCGCUGCUUGCUGCUGCUCCGGCCAGCGAGCCUCGCCGUGGCUGGCCUGGCCAGUGCCCAGUCGGGCUAG